AACCUGGACUGGUUGCCAGAGAAUCUACGGUACCUGCAUGAAAGUCCGGUAUGUAAACUUUACAUUGUCAGAGAGUGUAAAUGAGUUGACUUGAAAUGAUGCAACAAGAUCGACGACGACGUUACAAUGUGUGCCAAACUGAGGCCUUAGGUGUUAUUGUUUUCCAGCGCGAGGGAGGAGCACGCUUGUGUCACUGCAUUCCUGUGUCACGUGCCGCCACGUUAAUGUUUUUCCGCCACCCAAGCGACCCAUUCGCCCUUUUUAAUAUAGUAAAAUAAUAAUUUUGUGCAAAUGAAAGAUCACUGGCUUGUGGCUGCUGUUUUCUGUAGGCACUGGAACCUGAUACAAUCCACGCAUUUAUUGAACGGGCAGCUGUCAUGUCAUCAUUUCAACUGCAGGGGGUGCUGCAGACGAGCUUCAGUUGAUUCACCUGCCAGUCUGGUCUUUCACCGAGCCAAAACGAACGCAGAUGUGCAAGAUUACAAUUUCAUAUGUCACGGUAAUUAACUGCCCGAGCCACAUUGUGGAUACCCAUGCUAAAAAAAAAAUUAUAAACCAGUUUUGUGGAACACUUACACUUGCAUAGCAAAGUGACAUCCAGCGCAUUUGUGCCGGUCUUGUACAAAGGAACUUAACACGGAUUUGUGUACACUUUCUCAAUGUGUAUAUUUUAAUAGUUUUUUUUUCCCUCACUUUGUCACUCGUGAUUGUGAUUAGGAUUCUGAUUAUUAUUUUUGCAAUAUCAUUUAUGUGGUAGUUGCCAACACACCAGGUCAUCGGCUGUGCCGUUCCGUUUUUACAAUGUCGUUGUUCGUCUAUCUAUGCCAGCGACGUACCGUACCAGGCAGAACAAUUCUAGUACUGUACUUUAAAUGCUAAUCCACUAGAUGGCAGAAUGUACAAACAACCUGAGUAUCUACCUGUUGCCAUUGAUACAGGGGUAAUAACUUCGAGUUCAACCAUUCAUUGUAUAUGUCAGUUGAGGCAAGAUCGAUUUUUUUUUUUUUUUUUUAACCAAUGUAAAAUCUUUGCCUUUGCUUAAUAACGCUUUAGAAACGUGGUGUAGUCGUUUUUCCCCCCUCCCAGUGUUUCUUCCCAGUAGGGUGUUGUCCUGCCCCCUUCUGCAUUUGUAUUACGCCGCUAGACUUCUGCACGGUACACAGUGUGGGAGAACUGCUGUAGCAAUCAAGAGACCACUGUUCAUGUGCACAGUGCUGCAUCUUAAACAACAACAAAAAGAAAAGGAAACCCUUUCCCAACUUUUUGGAAGUUUUUCUUUUGCAGUUAGUGACAGGCAGCCGACCGGUCUGGUUAAAAAUAAAACUAUGAGGUCAGUUUGCUGCGCGUCUACAAGCCGAGGACUCUGAAAGCUAUCAGGUGGACUUCUGACUCUGGGAAGGAGGAACUACUGAAAAUGUUCUCCAAGCUGAAAACAACAGCUGUGUCAAGUGGUGUCUUGCACCUAUUUCACAACAUGGAAAGCCAGCCAGUCAGCUUGCCCCUGUUUAAAAGUCCUCACUGGCAGUGUCAUGGAGAUGGCUGGCACACUUUUGACGAUAGAAAUAGUCACGGAGGAACGGCCUGCCAGUUGCCUAGUAUAGCUGUGACCUCCUAAGAUGCCGCUACCGCCGCCACCUCCACCUCCGCCACCACCUCCCCCGCCACCCCCAAGCACCGCACCUCCACUUUUUCCAGUCGAGUCUCCUAAGGUCCAGUCUGGCGGAGGAGGCGGCAGGAGCGCUCUGCUGGCUGACAUCCAGAAGGGAGCCCGACUCAAGAAAGUCACGCAGGUCAAUGACCGCAGUGCCCCUGUUGUGGACAAGCCCAAGGCUCCAAGUGGAGAUGUGUCCGGCAAUGUUGGUGCCGCUCAGGGUCCACGUGGAGGUGCGGCCCCCAUGGGGCCAUCCUUAGGUGGGCUGUUUGCAGGGGGGUUUCCCACCCUAAGGCCGAUAGGGCAACGGGACUCGGCAGGCAAGACGCCAGUGUCCCGUUCGAGCUCAUCGGCCUCCCUCAAGCCGCUGUGGAACACGCCCACUUUGGCGGAGUCGAUCGGCCCCCGUCCGCUCGCCUCCUCCUCCGCCCCACCCUCGCCGACUCACGCCAGCAAGCAUCUUGCUCCUCUCCCCGUGGCCGCUCCCCCUCCGCCCACACCACCUGCCCCGCCCUCUGCUCCUCCUCCUCCUCCUCCUCCACCGGAAGCCUUCCAGGACCGGCCCACCAACAAGCCUCCCCCUCUACCUCCCUUCCCACCCCCUCCGGCUCCAUCUCAGGUCACAAAGCCCACUUGGCUUCCCAUCCAGCACUACCAACACACCACUAAUGCCCAACCCCUGACGCCUCCCCCUCCAACUAACAACCCUCCUUCUCUCCCUGGGGACCGCUCCUCUUGGUCCUUCUACCCACCACCGCCCUCUGUGGUCCACUUUGAACCUGCAAGGUUCCCCAUCCUGCGUGACUCGAGCCCGCUCGGACCACCGCCCCCAGUGCCACCUCCCCCUCUCCCAAGCUCUUACACCCCGAGCUGUCCAUCCAUUCUCCCGCCGCCCCCGCCCAGAAUUCCUGCCGUGUCCUCGCCGGCCUUACGCUUUCUUCCGCCGUCAUACCCGUGCAACGCUCCGACCAGGCGACCGCCUGCUGUGCCGAGAAGUGCAGGUGCUUGUCGUCUGGCUCCUCCUCCAGCUCCUCCGGCACGUUCCUCCUCCACUGAGCUGUCCGGCCGCAUUCCUCCCCCUCCGCCGCCCUCCAUUGUCAGGAAUGGACACCUGCACAGUCAGGAUGACUUUGAAUCCAAAUUCCAGUUCCACCCAAAAGAAGAUUUUCCUCCUCCAGAUGAAUUCAAGCCUUUCCCUCGCAUCUACCCCAGUAAAGAAAACAGAGUAAAUCCAGCGCCCCAUGGGAUCAGGUCACACCUCAGAUGAAAUUCAUCCCACACAAUUCCUGGAUACAAAGGACUUCCAGCUUGACCUCCGCCUCGGGCAGAGCUCCGCCGUAGACGGCGGCCACCAGGGAGGAGCACAACCAGCUCAGCAGCGGCAGCAGCAUUGCCUCUUGGCGUACGAGACCAAACGCCGGUGUGGAAAUACGCGAAAUGGAACGUCAGUACACGCAGGUUUGAGAGGCCACCGGAUCGCGGAUACUUCUACGUGGCAGUGACGUUGCUCGGUGAGCGCCGCUGCAGAAAGUGCGCGUCUGAUUGGCCGGUUUCGCUUCGCAAACUCCGCCCACAUGAACCCUCCCAAACGUCAUUUUAAACUCAUCGGUUUUUCGUAUUUGUCAGCAAUAAAGAUUGUCUUUGUCUGUUACCCGAAUUAAAUGCAAAAAUGAAAAGAUUCAAAGCUGCCAUCGUUUUCUGCAGUUGCUACAAAAUCUGUACAAUGAGGCUGUUUAAUUGGUCGAAUUUGAUUUGUGUUUACCAGAACGGAUUUUAGAAUAACCAUUGUAUUGUUUUGUUUUUUGUCGAGAAAAAAAUAUUGGUGAUUAUUUUGAACUGUGAAACUGCUUAUGCCAUCAAUGUUUAUAUUCAUAUGAACAGAAUGUGUUUGAUUUUGUUGGCAGUUGACUUUUUUUCCGGUGUGGGCGGAGCUUGGAUAGAAAAAGCGGCUCCCUCCGGAAGAUGCCUGAACUUUCCCUUGUCUUUGCAGGUUUUCGAGCUGGUGGCAGACUAGCUUGUACCUCGUUGGAUAUUUUUGUGCUCUUGUAAGUCGUGCCUCGAUGGAAGUGUGGCAAGAUGCUGGAUAAAAGACGGAAGAAGUCCCACUUGCAUUUUGGUUGAGUCUCAAAACAGUGAAGACUGAAGAGUAAAACAGCAUAGGAACGAUCAGUCGCACUAAAUUUGUGGAUCAGAAGUCAUGGACAGAGGUGGUCAAACGGUACUGUACCUUGACACAGGUGCAAGAUCUGCAACUGCAAAAAAAA